GCUUUCCCAGCGUGGGAAAGACGCUUGUCUUUUCUCUGCCUCUCAGGGACUAAAAGUAGGCCAAAGAAGGGCUGAGAGGAGUUUACUUUCUCCUCCGGCUCCAACUUUCUCUGCUCGGGCUACAGAGACAAAGCUGUUCCCUUUUGGAGCCGGGACAAGGGGAUUUGUAGGAGUGAAGCAGUCGGGCUGGUAGGAGUUCCUGUACUCCGAGGGAAGAUGGGCAGCAGCUGAGGAGAUUUUCUCCCAGCCUGGCUGAACGGCACAGAGUCGAUAGGGCAGAAAUGUAUUACUCUGGCAGUGAGGAGUCAGAUCUGGGUUCGGCCGACUCCUACACCAGCCGUCCAUCAGACUCCGAUGUGUCCCUGGAGGAGGAUAAGGAGGCAGUGCGCAGAGAGGCAGAGCGACAGGCUCAGGCACAGCUUGACAAGGCCAAGACCAAACCAGUUGCAUUUGCUGUCCGCACAAAUGUCAACUACAGCCCGUGUCAUGAUGAUGAUGUCCCCGUCCCAGGCAUGGCCGUCUCCUUUGAGGCUAAAGACUUCCUCCAUGUCAAAGAGAAAUUCAACAAUGACUGGUGGAUAGGACGCCUGGUCAAAGAAGGCUGUGAAAUCGGUUUCAUCCCCAGUCCAGUGAAGCUUGAAAACACUCGUAUCCUCCAGGAGCAGAGAGCCAAACAGGGCAAGUUCCACUCCAGUAAAUUGGGAGCAAACUCAUCAUCUAGUUUAGGUGAAGUGGUUCCUAACUCACGGAAAUCUACUCCUCCUUCGUCUGCCAUUGACAUAGACGCCACAGGCUUAGACCCCGAGGACAAUGAGCUUCCGGUCAACCUGCGCUCCCCUAAAGCCAGUCCAAACACUGUCAUGUCACCCCUAGCAAAAGAGAAACGAAUGCCCUUCUUUAAGAAGACGGAACACAUUCCUCCGUACGACGUUGUGCCUUCCAUGCGGCCCGUGGUUCUGGUUGGACCAUCACUGAAGGGCUACGAGGUGACAGACAUGAUGCAAAAAGCACUGUUUGACUUUUUGAAACACAGAUUCGAGGGAAGAAUAUCAAUCACUCGCGUCACGGCGGACAUCUCUCUUGCCAAACGCUCCGUCCUGAACAAUCCCAGCAAGCACGCCAUCAUCGAACGCUCCAACACACGCUCAAACUUGGCUGAAGUCCAGAGUGAGAUCGAGCGGAUUUUCGAACUGGCCCGGACGUUACAGCUGGUGGUUCUGGACGCCGACACCAUCAACCACCCGUCACAGCUGGGGAAGACUUCCCUCGCCCCCAUCAUCGUCUACGUCAAGAUCACUUCCCCCAAGGUGCUGCAGCGGCUCAUCAAGUCCAGAGGCAAGUCUCAGGCCAAACACCUCAAUGUCCAGAUGGUGGCCGCCGACAAGCUGGCUCAGUGCCCUCCCGAGAUGUUCGACAUCAUCCUCGAUGAGAACCAGCUGGAGGAUGCAUGUGAGCAUAUGGCUGAUUACCUGGAGGCCUACUGGAAGAGCACCCACCCCACCAGCUGCACACCCCCCAACCCACUGCUAACGAAGCUGCCCACAGCCGCCCUGCCCUCCAGCCCAGCCCCGGUCUCCGGUGUGCAGGGCAACAGUACAGAGCAGAAAGGAGAUAAAGCGUUGGUGGAGAGGAAAGGCUCCAGAGAGGAUUACCAGCACCACCAUCACCACCACCACCACCACCAUCACCACCAGAGCCUGGACCAGGCCGACGCCGACGCAGAGGCUGAGGGGGAGGGCAACGAGGAGGAGAGGCCCCUCAGGACAGAGUCCUCCAGGAGAGCCCAGCACAUCCACCACCGGUCGUCCUCCACCAGGACUGAGCACCACAACCACCAUCACCACCACCACCACAACAGCAGCAGAGCCAGGGGCCUCUCGCGGCAGGAGACUUUGGACUCUGAGACCCCCGAGAGCCGAGAGAGCAGAGAGAGCAAGGACUCGGCUUAUAUCGAGCCACGCACUCAGCUCCUCCACCAGGAAGAGGAGGAGGAAGAGGAGGAGGAGGAGGAGGAAGAGGAGGAGGAGGAGGACGACGAGGAUCUAGGGGAGGGGCACCCCCAGCAGCAACAGCGUUACGAGCCGCUGCCCCACCGGGACCACAACCACCAUCACCACCACCACCACCACCGCAGCGGGGCGGACGAGGCCGGCCACAGCACGGGACACCACCGCUCCAAGGAGCGCGAGCAGGACCAUAAUGAACGCAACAAGCAGCGCUCUCACCACCACCACCGGCCGGCACGCGACCACCACCAUCACUACUACGACCGGGACAGAGAGAGGGACCGAGAGGGGGAGGUGGCUCCCAAAAAGAGGGGCGAGGCAGGGGAGUGGGCCAGAGACUCGUACAUCCACCAGUGACAGACCAAACCCCCCCAUCCCCCGAAGCCCAUCUGGACUCUGCUCUUCCAGACCGUUCUGUUCUCCCAUCGUGCUGCUAUACCCCGAAAACCACAGCAUCCUAUUUAUGUACACUUCUUUGUAAAUGCUGUUGCAUCUUUUUCAAUGGCAGGAUUUUGAUUACAUAGAUACAAAUAUAAAUAUAUAAAUAUAUGUAUGUGUGUAUCUAUGCAUAGACGUUGUUUAUGUGUGGAUAUGCAUGAAUAUUCUCAAAUAUGCAUAUUUUAAACCUGUGUUUGAUAAAGCAUGACACGAAAGCAGAAUUUUUUUCUGUACUGAGCUGUGCUUUCUGUGAUUAGCAUUAUUAUUUUUAUUGUUUCUAUUAUUGAUUUUUAUUGCUUGCUACCACUUGAAUAAUUUGUUCCUUCAGACUACUGCGAGGGUUGACUGCACAGGUUGACCAGCCAACAGCUGUAUUUGCAGAAAAGUUUGGCAAUCUGGGAAAUACGCUUAUUCGCUCACUUAGACUUAGACUCAGUUUCCAGUUUAUUAGGCACCGAGCUGAAACGAAUCCACAACGGUUCUGCAAUAAAUCCUCCCUUCAUGAAAGUUACAAUGCUCAGUUUUUGUUGACGCAGUUUUAAAGAGGUGUUGAUUCAACUUUAUGAUCAUUUUAGAGGAUGUGAUUCUGUUGAAUUGUAUCGGAAUAAUACUGUUUCUAUUGUUUUGUCCACACUUUUUAUAACGUUGAGGAUAAAGCUACGUAACAGAAGCAGCUUUCAGUAUACAUAAUAGUUCAGCAGCACCACAAACUGCAGCCUCGAAAAGAAUCAGAAAGCAGAGCUGCAACUCACCGUUAUUGUUGAUUAAUCUAUUAAUUAUUAUCUGGACUAAAAGAUUCAUUGUUUGGUUGAAUCUUUAUUUGGCUGCUUUACUGUAAAAGAGGAGCAAAAAAAAAAAACAUUCAAAUUUAAGAAGGCAGAUUUUUUUUUCUUAAAGGUUGCUCAAACCAAUUAUUUAUCAAAUUAUCAGUUUAAUAGUUGACAUCUAAUCAAUGCAGCUCUUACAUAAAGUUGAAUCAACGCCUCUAUGAAAUACAAAAAUGUAAUAUUAUAACCGUUGUGACUUGUUGCAGAACUGCUGUAUUUGACUGCGUGAGUUUUAGCUACAUGUGCCCAAUGACCUGAGUACAUAUGAGAAGAUCGAUACCACUCAUGUAUCUGUACGAUGAAUUGGAGUAAGUAGCCUGUAGCAGGUUAGCUUAGCACAAACUGGAAACACAGAUGUUAGAGGGGAGAGACUCGCCACUUAAAAAACCCAGAAUAGAAGAUUAUAGAAUUCCAAAAUCCUAAAGAUAAUAAAUAAUAACUUUAUUUAUGCACCAACCAUUGAGAUACAGUUAAAACGAAAGCAUCACAACACAGCAGCCACAGCGCCUUCCUGUAGAGGAACAAAAUUGCCUUUACAGACUUACCCAACAAUUAUAAGUAUUAAAUAAUUAUUCAUCCCUACGCUGUUAUUUAUUGUGUAAAUAAGAUGGCGCUCGACUUAGUCAACUGUCGAACAGGGAAACAUGCUGCCAGUCGUAAUGAUGCACUGAUGCAGGUGUCAUGAAACUGUGAGUAUGUGUAGCUGGAGUGUAACCUUUGUGGAAAACACUUUUAAAUCUUAUUCUGAGGCAAAGUCACAGAACUUUUUGAACACUUUUAAUCAGAUUUGACUGGUGAUUAAAUCCAUGUAGUUUUUUAUUCUUGCUUCUGUGGCCACUGAACUUGCAGUAAUGGCUCUCUCCAUUCAUUCAGACAGGGACCUGGUGUUGUUUACCUGAGAUAAUAGCCAGGGUGUGUUACCAAGAUGGAUGCUGAGUGGUGAGACCUGCCUGUAAGGACUUUGUAGGAGAGCACGGCUCGUCUUGCUGUCUGAAGGUAAAAAAAAAAAUUAAAAAAUGCCAACCAGCACUUCCAAAAGUUCACUCAUUACCAUAUCUUGGUUCUUCAAUCUAUGAAAUAAACCUAAAAACAAGUGGUCCAGCUAACUGGCUGCUAGCCGUAGCUUCAUAUUUAAGAGACACAUACUAGAGUGGCAUCAGUCUAACUCUCGGCAACAAAGUUCGUGAGCCUAUUUCCCAAAGUGUCAGACUGCUCCUUUAAUUUUAUGUUCAUCAUUUACUGCUUAGGUCCUUUUUGUAUUCUGCGUCCGAUUCAGACAUUUGGUUUUGACAUAUUUAUGCCUCCUUCGAGGCGCACCUUGGUCUUGCCUUACAAGACAAACUACAGUAACUUCCUCUCUUACAUGCAGUACUGUUCUUUGUAUGGGUCCAGAAACAUUUUAUAACAUUGGUACACCCUUUAUUCUGCACUUUUACUGAUUCACAUUGGUUUCAAGUGAAAGCUAUUUGAUAUGACAUUGCCACUUACUGUAGGUCUACUACCAAAACUCCGUUAUGGUUCAUCUUUUAUUAAGUCUGAUCCCUUUUCUAAUGAAUGUUGUUUAAUUCCCACUUUAACUCCCACUUCUUAGUACAAAGAAUGUUCAUUUUAGGAGAAUUUUGUUCGGUAUGUUCUUCACUUAAAAAAAAUUAAAAGAUGCAUUUGCAAAACAAACUCAAAUAAUUCCAGAUACAAAUAGUUGUUUUCAUCAUCUUUCCGCCAUCUGUUCACCCCCCCUCACUGAUACACAGGAUCUAUUUAAUGCAAAGUGAAGGAGUUUGGGAUGUUGUAGGAGCCUCCGCAUGCUCUGUGUGUUCAAGAGUCAAUGAUAUCAUGUGUUCAUUCAUGAUACUAGGAACUGAAAUGGAGUUCAAUUGAUCUUAGGUUUGAGCCAGUGCACUCUGCCCCUCUGUUUACACACCAUCUCCUCACGUUCUUUGUUUUUGCCUGAAAAUUGUAAUUAUAAAAACUCCUCCAUUUCUAUGCUACAUUGGUAGCACUACAGAUUUUAUAACAGUGUACAUGUGUAUGUACAUAAUGCAUAAAUAUAAAAAAAAAUAAAGUUGGCAACAAAGGACUGAUGUGGCGGG